AUGUUGUAUUCGAACAUAAACAACCAUUACCUGAAUAGCAAUAAGAAUGUGACGUCUUUGCCUACAAUGUUUACAGCAACAACACCGUCCUUAUUCUCUAUAGCGGAUCAACAUGAUGAUAACAAUAACUACGAAUCAAAAUUAAAAGAAAUGGAAGAUUACUAUGUAAAGAAUCUACUUAAUGAUACCGAUGACAUAGAACCUGAUACACGUUCAAAACAACUACGAACUAACAAUAACGUUAUGAAUAACACUAUUGCCACUAGUGCAUCUUUAAUCGCAUCACAGAGACAGCCAAUCUCUACGCAUCCUUACUAUUCUCAAAUGAACCACUUCCAAGAAAUGACAUUACCAGGAAAUGAACAAAGGCAAAUACGGACAACGAGAAAUAAUAUUGUAGGAGGCCCGCUACAACAAUAUCUAAGCAAUAAUAACAACUAUAGCAACUUAAUGAAUGAAAAUGAUCUCCUUUCAUUUCCGGUUAUGGCACCACCGAAUGAUAAUAGUAUUGUUUCAGCACAUAAAUCGCAUAAAAAUUCAUUAGAAGUAGAAAUUAAUUCAAAUUUUAUCCCAAGUUCGAACGUUUUACCACUGACUACUGAAAACUUAGAAAAAUUAUCCCUUUCAGAGGUGCCACCUGCAGUCAUUAACCAACCGACACUCCCUAUUCAAAAAACCACACCAAAAUCACCUAUACAUUAUACUCAGUCACAUUCGCAUCCUCAAAAUAUUCAACAACAGCAUCAUCAUCAUCAUCAUCAUCAACAACAACAGCAGCAUCAACAACAAAACGUCAAUAAGCAACUGUAUAAAACAGAACUUUGUGAAUCAUUCACUACAAAGGGUCACUGUAAAUAUGGCAACAAAUGUCAGUUUGCACAUGGGUUACACGAACUAAAGAUUAAACAAAGGUCGAACAAUUUUAGAACCAAACCCUGUGUAAAUUGGACAAAAUUAGGAUAUUGCCCCUACGGGAAACGUUGUUGUUUUAAACACGGCGAUGAUAGAGAUAUUCAAAUUUAUAUUAAAGCUGGCGCAUUAGUACCAGAAGAAGGUGACGAAGGUGAACAUGUUAUGAAACAUAAGAAUUUGCAUGCAAACGUCAAGGAGUUACAACGUAUAACCUGGUGA